GCGUCUUCCGCGUGGCUGUUUGAACUCCACUCCCCAUCGCCGAGCCAAUCAGGGGUCGCUCCGCCAUAAAAAUAACUGUCAGCCCUAAAGUUGGUCGCUGAGCACGUACGACGCCAACGACCUUAGACGAAGAAAAUUUUGAGAUCAUUUAACUCUAAGUCACUAGUAUUUGAAGUCGCGUCGCCAUGCCCGCCCCCAUGGAUCAUACAAAAUAUUGCUUGCUCCAAGCUUCACCUCUCUUCCUCCCGACCCUUUCCCUACCCCCGUAAUCCACCUUUGCCGAGACGCCGUGAAUAUGCGAAUACAAUCCCUGUUUGUGCUAGGAACGGUCUUCUCGGGCGCAAUUGCUCACCCUGAGCCUACUGCUGAACUGUCGUCGAAAUGGCCUUCUACUACAACUACCCCCUCGGCAGCACCGACACCCGCAAUACUCCAUGGCAAUAACGGCGCGAGAAACAAACGUUAUGAACAUGGCCUCCUUUUAGAAAAACGAGAUACAACUACGGAGGACCCUGCUGAGGACCCUGCUGCCACCACCGAAGAGACCACCAGUACGACUAAAGAAGCAACAACGGAGGCGACCACGCAAGCUGAUACCACCACUGCCCCUACAACCACCGAAGCAACAACAACAACCGAGGAUGCCACGACUACGACGGAGUCCUCUACGACAACAACUUCAAGCACGACUAGUACGACUAGUUCCACCAGUUCGACGACCUCCACAACCUCAACCACAUCCUCCACAUCCUCCACAUCACAAUCGACGAGUAGCAUGUCAACCACCACCACGAAGAGCACAUCGACUACCGCCACAAAGACCAGCUCGACGUCCACUGCGACAAGCACAGUUAGUGCUGAAAUGCGAGAAUACAAUCAUCGUGGAAGCAUAGCCGCCAUCAUCACUUUUAGUAUAUUGGGGGCUAUCUUCUUUGGUUAUGGAUUCCUUCACUGCUACUUGGAUUCUCGAAAAAAGCGCCAGAUUGCAGCGACAAAGGCAGCAGCGGAGGCCGGAUCAGACUAUUCUUUGGUGGCAUUAAACCAGAAUGCGAGAUCUCAAAGUGAAGUCAACUUUGACCGGUCCUCGAUGAUGUUCGCUUCUCAGUCUCCGUCCCGUACGGAUUUGUCUUCCACGAUUCAACAAGGUGCUGGUGCGCAAGGGUAUAGCCAGCCACUGGCGCGACCUUCAUCGCUGGCAGUCAGCGAGACACUCCACCCAAGUUCAGCAACAGGUUCACCCUCUAAUAGUCCUCGAGGAAACUUCAUCUAAUGCCAGAGAGGAAUGAAGAGCAUUCUCAACCUGGUGGUGUCCCGUUCAGUCAAUAUAAUGUGUGAUACGAUACUAAUGUCAUUUGCACGUCCCGGCCGCCUAUCGCAGCAGCCAUGUACCAUUAUAUCCAAUUGUCUUCCUCUUCUGUAUUCUCAAUAUUCUACUUCUUUUUCCUAUUUGCCAUGCAUAAUAUUCUCUGACUCGUAGAAACUGCAUUAUUAUCGACGUGGAUAUUCCAUGUAUCCAUUUGUGAAUUCUCUGUUCUUUACAAUC